GUUUCGCGCGAGAAGUCUACCGGUGAAGACGACGACGACGACAACGACGUCUCCACGUUCGAUAGCGUGUUAUUUGUGAGCAACCAGAGAACGCGUGUGCGCUGAUGCGUGUCUCUAGCGAAGAGAGGUGGCACCAUCGCGAUCUAGUGACGUAGAAUCGUUCUAUUUUAAAAGGAACCUCGGUGCAUUGAGAAGUAAAAGGGGUUCGUUGAAAACGUAAACAACGUCGAAACGCCCCAACAGGCCACAGUUCUGGGGCUCGAGAGUGGUGUGGUUGUGUGAUUAAAACAUGCGCGCCCAUUGCGGGUGGUGGUGCUGAUGGUUUUUUUUUCGAUAAAAGAAACCGUGAGACGGUGUGUACUAUAGCGCCCGUGAUUGCCGUUAGCCGGCGCCUCUUCAGCUGCGAGCAGGUGUGCGAGGUGUGCGAAAACCGGUUCAAACCUACCGGAACUACCAUGAUUUGGAUUUUGGGCGCAUAAGGAGGAGCAUGAUCGCAUCGCAUGCAGCUGAUAAAAACAGAAGAUUUGCCUUUGGUUAAAAUUCCUGCCAAACAUGCCGAGCCAACAGCGAGCGUAUGCACGUGUGAUCCGGCAACCCCGGGGCCACCAUGUAUCUUGAGCCCACUGGCGCCACGUCAGCAUCCACUUUAAUGACUUAGCUCAAGAGUCAAGUGUCGUGAAGUAGAAGGAGAAGUGUGUUCGACUGUCGCCACAUUGUCAGUCAAUCGAUAGUAGCUCGUAGAGAGGCAGCCACAGCAUGGUGCUAAAUACGACAACGAAGGUGUUUCUGCUCGUGAUCGCGCUGUUUCUAACGUUCGUCGUUGGUUUCUUCGCGUACGUGCUCAGCCUGCGCCACGAACGAUCGCGUCUGUGGGACGAAAUAGAGCGCCGUGGCGCGGCCCGGUAUACCGAGUUUGGUGACACCAAUUACUGGUACUUCGUGGUCCGUGAUAUCGACAAGAUACGCAAUAUGACGGACAUUCACUACCUCGAGCGUGCCUCACACAUUGUACCCAUGACCGAUGGGUUCAUACUGCUCGGAAAGGACUACGAGAUCCACUACGAACGUGUUCGUGAUGCAACGAGAACGCCAAGUGAAGCGAUCGCACGAAACCAGCACCACCUGGAGCCGGAAGAUUACAUACCAACGAUGGUCAAACGGAAACUAUAUGCCUGGGAGGUAGGCAAACCACUAACAAACUCGGCCGAUCCUGCCACUACCGUCGUUCGAACGCGCUGGAAGAUUGGUGAACAUCGCAUCGGAGCUGCCGCAACGUACAACGAUCUUCCAUUCGAUGACGAUCGCGACAAACAUAAACAAGGUGCUCAAGAGCAUCGUUGAAAUGUUCCGUGAAAACGGGUGCGCAAGCAGAAUUUAAAGCCUUGUCGGUAUGCACAACAAAUGAGCACGUCGUCUAGUGUCAUACCAGAAGUAAAACCGAUGUUUGUGGAGCUCGCCAAAUGGAACAAGUAUUGGCAGGGAUUAAAUAAGUAAAGUUAUUCGAUCUUUUGGACGUGUAUUCCAGUGUUUUGAAAGAUAGAGUUAUGGCUGUGCAAAAUGGCAAAGCUCCGACAGGGGAGUUACAGACAUUAUUUUAUAGAAUGGUUCUUUGUUUUUAAUUUUUUUACUAAGAUUACAGAGCGAGAGCCUAGAGAGUGCUUAAUUGUGUUAAACUACUGAAAGUAUUACUUUCCUUAUGUUUCCUUCCAUUGGCACAAGAGGUAAAGCAGACAUACUAUUCCCUGAAUAAAACUCGAUAUUUAACGUUUAAA